AAAGCAAACAAGUUUUGGUAAAGUUUGAAGAUUCAAAAGCAAUAAUACAUUGUUGUAAUGUGAACAACAAUGGCUCGUUCUCAUAUGUUCUUAGCAACUAUUCUUGUUCUUGCAUUUCUGGGUUUUGCUAAUUCUGCUAAAACCAAGAUUAAUUUUAGCCGCGUAAACACGACCAGAACCACACAAGAACCCAUCGUUGCUAUCACGAUUCAAGGCACCAUUUUCUGUGUAAGCUACGACGGAGACGAAUGGAUUCCGAUGAAAGGGGCAUUUGCAAGGGUGUCAUGUUUAAGAUUUUUGGUGGAGUCAACGAAGACAAAUGAAAAUGGCUAUUUCUCAAUAACGUUGCCACCAAAACGUUACAUCGACUGCAAGGUGUUCCUUGAUAGACCUGCCGACGGAGACGACUGUAAUGUCCCGACUAACACCAAUAAAGGCCUCGCCGGCGUCCCUUUUACGAAUCCAACCCACCAGCCGGACAACUCUAUUGUCUACUCUGUUGGACCCUUUGUCUUCAAUCCUUCUUUACUAGAUCCUAUGUGAUCGAUUUUUACCUAUUCAUUUUUGUAAUUUGGUGGUAGAUUGGUAAGAUUUGAAAAGUAAUUGAUCGCGAUUGAAAUUGAAAUUGUUCUUUCGUUGAUCCCUCUUUAUUCAGACAAGAAAUCUAGAAAAUUAAAUUAGUUGUGUGUGUAUUUAGGAUCUUACUUUGAUAAUUCGUGUGUGUAAAUUAAUGUCAAAUGGGGUAAGCACAUUAAUGCUAAUUGGCCGUACAUGUUUUUUUUUGGUUGAUGAUUAUUAUUUUUAAAUUUUUUA